AUGUCCACUGUAUACAGCACAAAGAAAGGCCCGGAUGAGUCUAUAACAGUACUCAAAGGGACAGAUACAGACUCAUCUACCAGUCUUGACAUCCCACCGUUGGGUGAGCCAGGAGAUGAACGUCGGUUUUGGUUUCAGCGAGGCAAAGACUACAACCCCGAAGCAAUUGCGACUCAGCCGUCCGUUUUUGACAACCCGGACACCGCGAAGGAAUAUCAACCUCGAGCCGACUGGGAGAAUCUUCACCGAUUUGACACCUCGGCUCGGUGGACAUGGAACGAGGAAUACAAAUUGAUCCGAAAAAUCGAUCUCCGUAUCAUGGUAUUUGCGUGUCUUAUGUUCAUGUGCUUGGAGUUGGAUCGGUCGAAUCUGUCACAAGCACUAACCGACAACAUGCUUCCCGAGUUGAAUAUGACCACAAAUGACUACAACCUUGGAAAUACGGUGUUCAAGCUCUCAUUCCUCAGUGCCGAGCUUCCCUCCCAGCUCGUCAGCAAAUGGGUUGGACCUGAUCGGUGGAUUCCUACCCAAAUGGUUCUUUGGUCUGCAGUUGCCAUGGCACAGUAUGGUCUGAAUGGAAGAACGACUUUCCUCUUGUGCCGCGCCCUGCUUGGUAUCUUGCAAGGCGGGUUUAUCCCAGAUGUGAUAUUGUAUCUGUCCUACUUUUAUAAACACCAUGAGCUGUCUCUACGACUCGGUUUCUUUUGGACGGCCAUGAAUAUUGCGGAUAUUCUUGCUGCAUUUCUCGCAUUCGGAUUUUUGCAUCUUCGUGGUGUGCAAGGUCAAUCGGGAUGGCGCUGGCUGUUCUUGCUGGAGGGCCUUCUGACACUUCUAUUUGGUCUAUCUGCAUAUAUCCUGAUGCCACCAGGACCAUGCCAGACUGCUAAUUGGUCUCGGGGUAAAUCGGGCUGGUUCACUGCCCGAGAGGAAACCAUCAUCGUCAAUCGAGUAAUUCGUGAUGACCCAAGCAAAGGAACCAUGCACAACCGAGAACCUAUUACACCCAAACUACUCUGGAAAAGUCUCAAGGACUAUGAUCUCUGGCCGUUAUACAUCAUCGGACUUACCUUCCAAACACCAGUGGUGCCCCCCAAGCAAUACCUAACUCUGACUCUGAAAGGCCUCGGAUUCGGCACUUUCGUGACAAAUCUCUUGGUUAUUCCUAGUGAAGUGCUGUCUAUUAUCUUCCUUCUACUUCUCACAUAUGCAUCGGAGAUUUGUAACCAAUUGACUUUGGUGUCUACGAUCGGGCAAAUAUGGAUGCUUCCUUUCUUGGUCUAUUUAUAUGUGAUCGACAUCAACACCGCGAACAAGUGGUGUGUGUGGGCGGUGAUAACUCUGCUACUGUCAUAUCCAAAUGGUAAGCUCACCUUUUCAAACCUGCUUGAAAUCAUGGCUCACAAAACCACAGCGCAUGCUAUUCAAGUCAACUGGAACUCACGCAACUCAAACACUGUCCGAUCCCGCACGGUCUCAGCUGCCAUGUAUAACAUGUGUGUCCAAUCGUCGGGGAUUAUUGCUUCUAAUAUCUAUCGCGCUGAUGAUGCUCCCCGCUACCGAAGAGGCAAUGGUACUUUGGUGGGACUCGUUGUUUCCAAUGUGUUCAUAUACUUGUUGACCAAGGUAUACUAUGUCUGGCGCAAUCAAAGCCGGGACAAGAAAUGGAACGCUAUGACGGACAACGAAAAAACGAACUAUUUGGCGACUACUAAGGACGAAGGAAAUAAGCGACUGGAUUUCCGAUUCGCCCAUUGA